AUGGCUGUUCCUGGUACAUUCUUGUUCCUGUUCUCUCUCACUCUCUUCUCCACCUUCCCAACUUCUCUUCACGCAUCGUUCUCUCACCAAUCCCACAUCAAACUCCCCUCAGAAACUCACAUCUCGUCGCAGAAAGAGACCCACCUCCACUUCUUCUACCACGACCUUCGAAGCGCCAAUGACCCCUCAAUUGUGCAAAUCGUGGACACCCCAAAGAACGUGCCGAACGGGUUCGGGACAACGUUUGUGAUGGAUGAUCCGAUGACGGAAGGCCCGGAGCUGAGCUCGAAGGGCGUUGGGAGGGCCCAGGGGCUCUUCGGACUGGCCUCUUUGAAUGACCUGGGAAUGUUCAUGCUCAUUAAUUUUGCUUUCAGCGAAGGGGAGUUCGCCGGAAGCACGUUGAGCAUGCUGGGCAGGAACCCUAUCGCGGAGCAGAACAGAGAGAUGCCGAUCGUCGGAGGCACUGGCGUGUUCAGGUUCGCCACCGGCUAUGCCAUAGCCAACAGUGUUGAUGAUAUUUCUACCCCCCAGCAUUUUGUGGUGGAGUACAACAUCACUGUGCGCCAUGGAUAA